UGAGGGAGAACUAGGCCUGCGCGGCUGCGCCGCCAUUUCAGGCUCCUCCUCCUCCUCCGACACUCGCGGUUGCUGCUCUUCGGACGCCAUCCCGGGGAUGGCGGACAGCGCCAGCGAGAGCGACACGGAUGGCGGCGGCGGAGGAGGAGGCGGAGGCGGCGGUAGUAGCAACAGCGGGAGCAGCGUGGGCGCCGGCGGGGCGUCGUCGUCGGCCCCCGGUUGCCCUCUGGGGCCUGUCUCCUCGGGGGGCGCCCCGUCUCCCUCCUCCUCGUCCUGCUCGAAGGCGGGCGGCAUCGUGAUCUCGCCCUUCCGCCUGGAGGAGCUGACGAACCGCCUGGCCUCGCUGCAGCAGGAGAACAAGGUGCUCAAGAUCGAGCUGGAGACCUACAAGCUCAAGUGCAAGGCGCUGCAGGAGGAGAACAGGGACCUCCGCAAGGCCAGCGUCACCAUCCAAGCAAGAGCAGAGCAAGAAGAGGAGUUUAUCAGUAAUACUUUGUUUAAGAAGAUUCAGGCCUUGCAGAAGGAGAAAGAGACACUUGCAGUGAACUAUGAAAAGGAGGAAGAAUUUCUCACUAAUGAACUCUCAAGGAAGCUGAUGCAGCUACAGCAUGAAAAGGCUGAACUUGAGCAACAUUUAGAACAGGAACAGGAAUUCCAAGUGAACAAAUUGAUGAAGAAGAUUAAAAAACUGGAAAAUGAUACCAUUUCAAAGCAGCUAACUCUGGAGCAGCUAAGACGGGAGAAAAUUGAUCUUGAAAAUACACUAGAACAAGAACAAGAAGCACUAGUGAAUCGUCUCUGGAAGAGAAUGGAUAAACUUGAAGCAGAAAAACGAAUUUUGCAGGAGAAAUUAGACCAGCCUGUGUCAGCUCCUCCAUCACCAAGGGACAUAUCAAUGGAGAUAGACUCUCCAGAGAAUAUGAUGCGGCAUAUCAGGUUCCUAAAGAAUGAAGUAGAGAGGUUAAAGAAACAACUCAGAGCUGCACAAUUACAGCAUUCAGAGAAGAUGGCACAGUACUUAGAGGAAGAACGUCACAUGAGAGAAGAAAACUUGAGGCUCCAAAGAAAACUACAGAGGGAGAUGGAGCGGAGAGAAGCCUUGUGCAGACAGCUCUCAGAAAGUGAAUCCAGUUUGGAAAUGGACGAUGAGAGAUAUUUUAAUGAGAUGUCUGCACAAGGAUUAAGACCUCGCACUGUGUCCAGUCCAAUUCCAUAUACACCUUCACCAAGUUCUAGCAGACCUAUAUCACCUGGUCUCUCAUAUGCAAGUCACACAGUUGGUUUUACUCCCCCAACUUCACUCACCAGAGCUGGCGUGUCUUAUUAUAACUCCCCAGGCCUUCAUGUGCAGCAUAUGGGACCAUCCCAUGGUAUUACAAGGCCUUCACCACGAAGAAGCAACAGCCCUGACAAAUUCAAACGCCCCACUCCUCCGCCUUCUCCAAAUACACAGACCCCACUGCAGCCUGCUCCGCCACCGCCGCCACCACCUGUGCAGCCUCCAGGCCUGUCAUCAGCCUCCCAGUCAGCCACUUUUCAACAUUCAGUGCAUCCUUCCUCUCAGCCUUAGUGCAUGUGCUCAGCAAAUCUGUAUUCAGAGUUGGACUCAUAACACAGAGCAGUUUACUAUAAGCCAAAGGCUUACAAUGGUAUAUUUGGAUUUGACUUAUUUGCACUGAAGUUAACUGAGGCUUCACUGUUUAAUUGUGUUGUACAAGUUUGUCCAAGGGCCACCUCCAAUGUUAGCACAUGUUGCCUACAUGGAAAGCACUUCCUGGUAGGGGGAAGAAAAUCUAUGGAACCUGUGUGUAGAUAAUCACACGAGAGGACAAAGUGGUUUCUAUGGCUUUUUAAAAACAAAACAAAACAUGGAAGUGUUUUCUGUGUUAAGAAGUGUGCUAUAUUUGCCGUUGUUGCAAAAUGCAGCUGGUGUUGUGGAUCUGCAACACUAAUUUCAAAAAUUUCCAUCAGUGUUUCAGUUGAAUUUACAUAUGUCCAUUCUCCGGCUGGUUUUGUUUGAUAUGGCAUUAUGUUUUGCUGAGCUCCCAAAGCUUUAUAUUUUUUCCCCUGUCCCCCUCCCCACCACCCUCCAGCUUCUAGGUUUGUAAAAUAAAAGGGACAGCUUUUAUUAUUUUUUACAUGACAAUUUGCAUAUAAAAUUACAGGCAUGGUCUGUAUAUUAUGAACUCCUAGAUAUUACUGUGUGUUCCAAGCAUAAGCAUAAAUCAGCACUACAUUUCAGUAAUAAACAAAGAUAAUGGCUUUUAGCACAGAAAUGAAAAACGAACCCUUUAAUGCCCAAUCUCAGUGUAAAAAAAAAAAAGAAGAAGAAAUGUAUCCUUUAACUUUCAGUUAACAGCAGUGAAACAUACAUGGCAAAACUGUACCUUUUCUUGAGUGUGGUGCAGUUUAAUGUACAAUGUGGGAAGCCUGACUUGUCAAAGUAUAUAGAAUGUAUUGAUCCAUGGACCUUAAGAGUUGAUUGUUUCAUUUCUUAUUCACGUUGAUCUGUAAAACUGUCCGUACUGUUGUUUUCAUCACAAUGAUCUUCUGUAAGUGUGGUUCUGCCAACAGAAUUCUUGUGGCUGAUUAAAGUGUGCUCUCUGAUUUUCUGCUGUAGAAAGGCAAUUUAUAUUAAAAACAAAAAAGGCUGAUUUUUCCCACUUGUUUAAAAUAUAUUAAAUGUGUGAUUCCCCAUCUUGAAAGUCUCAACCAAGAUUUUAAGCAUUCAAAGAAAAAUCAGAAGAGUAUGAUUGAAAAUCCACAUUAUAGCAGCAUAUUGGUAUAACAGCCGAAAAUGUUGUAUCGCUUGGUAGAAAGAAACAGAUUACAGAGAAAGUUAGAUGACAAUAGCAAAUGCAUAUUUAGCAACAUAAGCCGGUACAAUGUAUAAAGAAAUGUAUUCUGAAAUACAUUCUUUCCAUUCAUUUAGCACAAAUAAAUUGUUUGGUUUCACUUUG